GGUGUUCCGAAAGAAUGUCCUCUGUUCUAGGGAUGAGUAAGUUGGGCCUACCACUAGCCAAUCUAAAGGUGAGACGACUGUCGUGAACAGUAUUAGAGCCUGCAUUGGAGCUUCUGUCAAAGUAGACUACAUAGGGAGAGUGUCCUGAACAAAUAUCUGACAAGGAGUUCCUUCUGCAGGAAUGUGUCCUCAGCAUGACAAAAUACUUUCCUGUACAUACUUUCUAUGUUGGUAUCAGAAGUGUUUCGAGUGUCACAAGUGCAUCUUCUUUAAAACCAUCCAUAGGCGAUGAAGGACACAACAUCAUCCGACAAGACAAUCCCACCAGCACCAAACCAUCCAUAGGUGAUGAAGGGCACAACAUCAUCCGACAAGACAAUCCCACCAGCACCAAGGCAUACAAAGUGUGUAGGAGUGAUAUUCAAUGUAAUGGACACAGAAGGUCAUACACUGGAGUUCCCAUCAACAGGGUGUCAGUUUAUGGACAUAGACGUAAAGAGUUCACCAAGUGUCAUAUCCAUUACUUCAGUACUAAAUCAGGUUCAUCAGAAGGGAACGAUGACAUGGCAUGGGAUGAAUCAGUAGAUUACAGCAGGUUGUCUCCCCAGGAAAGGGAAAUCCACAAAUUCCACAAGAAAGCAGUAAUGGAGAAGCAGCUGUUCUACACUGAUCCCUGUACUGGUUACCAAGUGAUGUCCAGGUAUGCCCACCUAAAGAGGGGCGACUGCUGUGGCAAUGCUUGUAGACAUUGUCCCUACGAACAUAAGCGUGUUGCUGAUAAUGCGAAAAACAUGAUAUUUAACUCAGCAUUUUAUGUUACAAGUGGAGAGAACCAAGACACGUGACGAGAUGUGCGAGUGAUAUUGCUUCUUUCCUUGGUAAAUGUGGGGUACUCGCUACAUCCAUGGUAGUGAUACCUGUAUUGGACGUAUAUUCCUGUGGGAUGCUUUGUUGUAACACGACAUUUGUUGACAUGUCUUCUGUGUGGACAAUGUAGAUACUGUAUUAGAAAGACGCUUUCUGAUGAAGACAAUGGGCAGCUCAUUGGAUGUUUAUCAACUUAUACAUAUCAGACUUUACUACUCUGGUAACGUCUUUCUCUGCUUUCUAUUCCUAUCGUCGAAUUCGAGUUGUAGUGUUUGAAUGUGUGUUGAUGAUUUCACUUCUGGUAUGAAUAUUAAUGCAUUUUCGUUGCUCACUUAUAACCAUUAACAAAAAAAGAAAGACACGACCUUGUUGAAAGAGUUUAUAUAAUGCUUACAAAGCGCCAACGAUAGUGUAGGAGUCCAUCAGGAACGCCUUUCUGGGUUGAUGCAGUGUAAACGACGUAAAAGGCAUUUGAUGACCUCACUGAAAACAGAUUCGAUGAAGUCAAGCUGAAUGUUUAUAAUUGAGAAAAAUCGUGCAAAUGUAGACGAUAGAUAGAUUAAUAAUAAUAA